CUUCUACUUGUCAUUAUCAUCUUUCUUCCUAUCUACGUCAAGUCUCUCUCUUAUUACAAUACGCUACUUUAUCCCAUAGCAAACACAGACAACCAAGAUCAUCACCCACGAACCUCACUCCAACUCCAUACAACUCCACCACUAUCAUAAUCAAGAUGCCACCCCGUCUAGCCAACAAAAUCGCCGUAAUAACCGGUUCCUCCUCCGGAAUCGGCCGUGCCACAGCCCUAGCCUUCGCUUCAGAAGGCGCCUCGCUCAUCUGCUCCGACAUUACCGAAACCCCCCGUCAAGAAUACGCCACAGACACCUCUCCCCAGACCACCACCGUCCGCGCCGCUCACGACCUCGGCGCAAAAGCCCUCUUCGUAAAAUGCGACACAACCUCCUCCACCGACGUCCAAGCCCUGAUCCAAGCCGCAGUGCAAGAGUACGGUAGAAUCGACAUUAUGGUCAACAACGCAGGAAUUAGCAUGGAAGCGAGUGAACAUGGGAGUCGGCCCGUGUGGGAGUACGAAGAAGCGGCUUUUGAGCGGACGGUCGAUGUGAAUAUCAAAGGUGUUUUCUUGGGUACGAAGUAUGCGAGUAAGCAGAUGGUGGGGCAGGAGCCGGGGGAGAGGGGGGAUAGAGGCUGGAUUAUCAAUUUGAGUAGUGUUUAUGGGUUGAGGGGGUCUGUGGGGGUUUCGGGCUACGCAACCUCCAAACACGCCGUCAUGGGUCUCACAAAAUCUGCUGCACUGGACUGCGCGCCCUACCGUAUUCACGUCAACGCCCUCUGUCCAGGUUACACAGCUACGGCCUUCAUCUCGUCACUACUCACACCGGAAGCAGCGGAUAUGAAGAAAGAAGUCGAGACGAGACAUCCGUUUGGCGGACUAGGUACACCGCAGGAUAUUGCUAGGGCGGCGGUCUUCUUGGCGAGCGAGGAUGCGGGGUGGGUUACUGGGAUUGGGCUGCCGGUUGAUGGGGGGUUUAGCUGUAUGUGAGGUGCUGUGGCAUGGAGUUAUGGGCGGAUGGAUGGGUUUGCUCGACUGGAAUUUGGACAUUUCGUGCACUCUGCUUAAAUUGGCAUGGUGGUUGGGAGCAUAUAUCAUAUGGUCGUGAAGGGAGCACCGAGCUUCAGGGUACAGAGCCGGGUGACUACUAUCAGGUGGGGGAAGAGGCAUUCUUCCACAUAA